AUGGGCAUUGGCCUCGCCGCUCGCUUGGCUCAGUAUUGCACGGAAUGCGUGCGUGACAUUGGCAUUGGCCACAUUGCAAACGUUUCUUCAUUGGUCUGGUUGCCUGUCUACGGAUAUAUUAAUGGCAGCCAGUGGCUACGCCAGAUUGCCACACAAGUGACAUUGACAUCCCGAGGCGAUCAAGCCUCGGAAUGCACGGCAUUGGUUCCUUUCUAUUGGAUCCUUGUUCUGCCUACGUCGAUGAUUGCAUCGCUGGUGCAAGGAUUGCGCACGGACAUUUCGGCAUUGCCUAUGUCGCAAGCCAAUCCGUGCGUGACAUUGGCAACGGCAUUGGCCAAGGCCCUUCAUUGGGUGCGACAAGGCCACAUUGAUGCCAAUGCAACGAAUGGUGCCGGCAUUGGCAACGAUUGGAACGAGCAAGCCAUUGCCCCGCCACAGUUGCGUCCGCAUUCCCAGGCGCAGGUGCGAUUGACAUUGCCCCACGGCAUUGAGGCCAUCGUCACCCGCGA